CUUCUCUUCAUAUCUGGACUCGCGCCAGAGAGAGCGAGCGGAGCAGCGUUUGAGUGUUUCGCACCGUCAGAGCGGGGGGGUCGUUGCCAUUGGAGACGCCGGGCUGAGGUCCUCGCUCGGCUGCCAUGGAGAGACGCCUGCGAGCGCCUGCGAGCUCCGUCCUGGCCGCGAUCGCCGCGCUCGCCGCGCUCCUUCUCCGCGAUGUGCUGGGGUUCACCAUGAUGCACGAGCAACUGGAGAGGUGUUUGCAGGUGAAGGGGGGCAGGUCCAGAGGCAGGGUGAGCCUAGAGGCGUGCAACUUCAGCUCAACCCUCCAGCACUGGCAGUGGCACCCUGACACCCUGGCCCUGAGCAGCUGGCACACGGGAGAGUGUUUGAGCGUGUUCCAGGGCCAGGAGCAUAAGAGCGUCCGCCUGCAGAGCUGUGGGGCAGGUCGUCGAGAUAGAGUGAACCAGGCCUGGCGCUGCACCAGAGAGGGUGAUGUGAUACUGAAGAGCAGGGGCCUUUACCUGGGCACCCGGCGCAGCUCCACCAAGCUCUUCCUCUCCAAGGAGCCUGGCCUAAAUACCAUAUGGAAGAGGCAAAGUGGCCACACCAUCUGCAGCGAGCACCAUGGACAUCGACAUGAUGUAGCGGACACUUCCCCCACAAGCAGUACUAACACGCUCCUGAAGAAGAGUUUUAGUCUUGUAGCUGCAGCAGAGGAUGGUCGAGCUCUGCUUUACCCGACCGUCACACAUUUUACAGCACAGUCUCUCACUAGCCUCCCUCCCGUGGAGCCCUCGAUGGCUUUUUUCGGCCUGGAGAAUGGAAUGACCUGGAAGGUCACCAUGCUGGUCCUCAGCUCUCUAGCUUUGGUGAUUGGGUUGGUUAUUCUCCUUCUCAACAUCCACUACAACAGGAAGAAGAAGGUGGUUUGCGUUCUGAAAUCUCUCUCCCAGCCUGAAGCGCCCAGCCAGCCCAGUUCUCCGGUGCCCAACGAGAGGGCGCCUCUGACCCGGCACCCCAUGCGGACCCCCAACUCGCCCUCCCUGCAGCGUGGAGAGAUCCUGAUAGAGUGGAAGGACGGCACGGUGACCCCGCUGUUCGACAACGGCAACUAGCUGCACGAUUGACUGACUGGGAGCAUCGCUGCACCGGUCUUCCUCGCACAGAGCCAUGUGAAAUAAGGGCUCGGGUUCCACUAAAGUGCUCCAGUGGAUAUUUAGUCCAAGUUUUUGCGGAUGCUUAAGAGACAUCACAACUAAUGACAAUGAACCUUUCUAAUACUUGAAGUAAAGCCGUACUAAUUCAGGUGUAUCCCAGUACUGCUAUUUAGGUGAUACCUAGAAGAGCUGAUACGUGAUGCCUUAUAACUGAUACAUCUGCCUUAACAUUUAACAAAACAUUCGGCUCAAUGUAUUUUUCAACUUGUACUAAAUGUGUAUUAUGCGUGUUUGUACUACUUACUAAAUGUGACUCCAUUCAAAAUAUGUUGCCAAACCAGACAUGGGCGAGCAACAUUUUGAAUAAUUUAGGAACUAUGUAAUUAAGUAUAGUUAAAAAUUCUAUUAUUUUUUUUUAUAAAAAGUAGCGACAAUGUAUUGUGGAGUGCGAUUCAUUUUAAUGUCAAGUAAGGUAAACCUACAUUCAUUGCAGCAGUAUUAUGUUUAUCGCAACUAAUGAAUAAAAUAGUCGAAAGCAUGUUUACGCAGCGCAGCCUGUAUUGUCGUUCACCGUUAUUACCGGUUCUUUUUUUGUUAUUGAGAAUUUCCAGAUUGCAUGUCUGAAAAGACCUCCUUUUGACAUCUCGGAGUGAGUCGGGAAACCGUGCUUCACUGUGUUUUUUUGCUCUGUCGCCACACGAGUGAUAGCUCUAACUCUAGAAAGUAAAUAACACCAGUUUACCAAGUGUUAACCUGCUUUC